AUGUCGGGGAAAGGGGCCAAGGGUUUGUUGACGGGGAAAAACCUCGCGUCGAAGGACAAGGAUAAGGACACCAAGAAGAAACCAACUUCUCGUUCUUCUCGAGCUGGGCUUCAGUUCCCCGUUGGGCGUAUCCACCGACUUCUGAAAGAACGAGCAAUGGCCCAUGGGAGAGUGGGUGCCACUGCAGCCGUUUACUCAGCUGCCAUUUUGGAGUACCUAACAGCUGAGGUCCUGGAAUUGGCAGGAAACGCCAGCAAGGAUCUGAAGGUGAAGCGUAUCACGCCACGUCAUCUGCAGCUGGCGAUACGUGGUGAUGAGGAGCUUGAUACUCUCAUCAAAGGAACCAUUGCUGGUGGCGGUGUCAUCCCCCAUAUACACAAGUCCCUCAUCAACAAGUCCUCCAAGGAAUAA